AUGGUCGCCGUCACCAUAACCCAAACCGCACUCGUCGGCGACUCUCAAGGCAACAUCGUCCUCUCCCACUCGGCCCCAGUGCCUGCGCUCGAGGAUGACCGUGUUGCCGUUGAGCACACCCCCAGUGCCCUCUCGGGCUGCGACUUUGCCGGCGUCGUCACAGCCGUAGGUACUGCAGCCGCAAGGGACGGCAGCAUCAAAGGUGGCGACCGCAUCUGCGCUGCCGUCUCAGGCCCGAACCCGCUGCGUCCGGACAUUGGGGCCUUUGCCACGCACACCACAACGCCGUACUGGGCCUCGCUCAAGCUACCGACCACCUGGCGCUUCCCCGAAGGCGCUAGUCUCGGUACCCCCUAG